AACAAUUCAAAAAAUAUUGUACCAAAAUAAAUAUUUCACAAAAGAAAAAAAAAGGACAAAAAUUAGUACGACGAAGAAGAAGGUUCAUACAUAAAUCUCGUCGAAAAGAAAUGAACAUUUGUGUCUUCGCGCAUGAAAUUUCUUGUUCUUGUUUCUUACACAAAGGUACUACUGUCUCUCUGUCUGUCACUAGUAGUAACAUCUACAUCAACACCAAUUCAAACCGUGUUCAACAAGAUAAGAUUCACAAUUUCACAAUCAUCUUCAAGAACAAGAACAAAGAACAAGACACAAUUCACCGCUUCCUUUUUCCCUCUCUUCCGCAAUCUUUCUCUCUCUAAAACCCAUCUUCAAAUACCCCCACCCCCCCCAAUGACUCAAUCUCAAUUUCAUCAAUACCCAUUUUCAUUUUCUUGCUUUUCUUUCAUUCUAUAACAAACCCAUUUUCACAAUCUUUUUCAAUUCAAUUGAAUUGAAUCUUCCCAUUAAGGAAUACUACUAACAAUGGAAGAAGAUUCAAUUCAUCAUUCACUUCAAAAACUUCAUUGUUCUGUUAAGAAUUAUGAUUGGGGUUUACCAGGUCAACUAUCUCAGGUUGCUAAAUUAUCUGAACUUAAUUCUGGGGUUCAAUUUGAUCCAAUGAAGCCUUAUGCUGAACUUUGGAUUGGUACUCAUGAGUCUGGUCCUUCUUUUCUUGUUAAUGAUAAUGGUGGUGGUGAUGGUGAAACUGUUAGUCUUAAAGAUUGGAUUUUUGAUAACCCUGAUUUGCUUGGGGAUAAAGUUGUUCAGAAAUGGGGUUCUGAUCUACCUUUCUUGUUUAAGGUGUUGUCUGUGGGGAAGGCUUUGUCUAUACAAGCUCACCCUGAUAAGGAGUUGGCUCGGAUGCUACAUAAAUUGCAUCCUGAUGUGUAUAAAGAUGGGAAUCAUAAACCUGAGAUGGCUCUUGCAAUGACAGAUUUUGAGGCUCUUUGUGGAUUUAUCACUCUUAAGGAACUUAAGGCUGUGAUUCAUACCGUUCCCGAAGUUGUAGACCUAGUUGGUGCUGAAAAUGCAAACCUGGUGUUACAAACUAGUGAACAGAAUGGUGAACAGAAGGUUAAACCUGUUCUACAGGCAGUGUUCACUCACUUUAUGUCAGCUAGUAAAGAGAUAGUAACUGAUGCAGUAAACAGAUUGAUAAAUCGACUGCACAAGGAAAGUGAGGUGAGGCUGUUGACAGAAAAGGAGCUACUGGUGCUGCGGUUGGAGAAUCAAUACCCAUCUGAUAUUGGUGUGAUAGCGGCUUUCUUUCUAAACCAUGUAAAACUCAAUCCUGGUGAAGCAUUGUACCUCGGGGCAAACGAACCUCAUGCGUAUUUAUCAGGCGAGUGUGUCGAAUGCAUGGCAACAUCUGACAAUGUUGUCCGAGCUGGCCUUACUCCCAAAUUCAUAGAUGUCCAGACUCUUUGUUCCAUGCUCACAUACAAGCAGGGUUUUCCUGAGAUUUUGCGAGGAGUUUCUAUGAAUCCAUAUGUAAAUAAAUAUAUCCCGCCGUUCGAGGAAUUUGAGAUUGACCAUUGUGUUCUCCCGAAAGGAGAAAGAGUGGUAUUUCCGUCUGUUCCAGGUCCUUCCAUCUUUUUGGUCACGGCUGGAGAAGGAAUGAUGAAUACAGGAUCACCCAAAGUUUAUAAAACCACUGAAGGUGAUGUUCUUUUCGCUCCUGCUGGCACCGAGGUUAGCGUUUCGAGUGAAUCCGAGUUGCAUCUGUACAGAACAGGGAUUAAUAGCAAGUUUUUUUAAGAUUCUUAAGUUUAGCAAGUGUUUUAAUUGUUAUUUUUGUCAUAUUGUUUAUUAUUUUUGUCAUAUGAGAAUCAAAUAAUGAAAUUCUGUGUUAUAUGUAAUAGCAGAAGUUUAGUGUACAUGUAACAGAAAUAAGAUGAUCACAUGUAACAGCAAUAAGAUCACAUAGAAGCUGAGAGAAAAGUUCAUUAUAGAGAGGUUUAUUCUAAUGUUA